AUGAUUAUUAGUGGAACUUGUGAUCUUCCAGCUAAAGCUUUAUUUAUGAAUAUUCAGCAAUACAAUGGAAGAAACGACUGUCCUAAUUGUGAAAUCGAAACAAAAAGAAUCGAUAAUCACCAAAUGUACCCGUUUCUCGAUCGUGGCAGUAUAAGGACAACAGAAAAAACAAAAACUUAUGCUAAACAAGCUAUUGAAACGAAUACUCCUUUUCUUGGUGUAAAGGGCUUUUCUCCAUUAAGUUUAAAUUUACCAAUUUUAAAAGAUAUCAUGGACAAAAGAUAUUUUGAGCAUCACAAACUCUUAGUUCAUGCACUAACUCUUUUAAAUUUUUUAAGCACUGAUGACGAAAUGAUUGAGUUAUCGAGGCGUUUAUUGUUCGAGUAUGUAAAAAGGUAUGAAGUUUUAUAUGGCAAAAAGUAUAUGGUUUAUCCAGUAGCUAAAGCGAUCCGCCGACAAGAGAGCACCAGUGGUGCUACCCUUACAUGUGGUCAAAGGGACACUGGCCAGCUGGGACUAGGAGAGGAAGUUCUAGAAAAAACAAGAUUCACGGAAGUCUCGAAAUUAAAAGAUGUUAUUUCCGUGGCUGGUGGAGGAAUGCACAACAUAAUCCUCACCAAUGAUAGUUGCGUUGCAACCUUUGGUUGUAACGACGAGGGGGCAUUAGGAAGAGACAUUACAGAGUGUGGAGAAGCUACCCCGGGAUUUGUAGAGUUGCCUGCGCGGGCUAUACAAGUAACCGCGGGUGAUUCACACAGUGCCGCUCUCCUUGAAGAUGGGAGGGUUGAUUGUUGGGGAGCAUUUCGGGAUUCACAUGGAACUUUGGGGUUGAUCACUAGAAAAAAAGAAGAUACUCCAAUUGAAAUACUUCCAAACAUAAAAUUUUUGAAAAUAGCAUCUGGAUCAGACCAUAUCGUGCUCCUGAAUAACACUGGGACAGUGUUCACACUUGAAUGUGCUGAGCAGGGCCAGCUCGGCAGAGUUUCAAAAAGAAAAUUGGACCGACACAGUAGACGGGAAAAGACCAACUUCUUUUCUCACUAUGCCACUUUCGCCGAAGCAGGAAAUAGCGAUCUGUACGUUUGCGGACUCAACAAUUAUAACCAGAUCGGUCUCAAAGGAUGUGAAAAAACUUUAUACCUUAAGAUUUCGCACAUGUUUAGUGGACACAAAUGGAUUCAAAGUAGCUCGAGGCAGCAUUACACUAUUACUGUAGAUGAGAAGGGACAAGUGUACGUGAUUGGAAGCAAAGAAAAUGGGAUAGUCAGACCUAGGUACUAUCUUCGGCGACGCAACUGA